UCAGCACAUCGCAAUGGCUCAAGAUCGCAGGAGCAGGACUAACCGCUACUUCGAGGAUGGAUACCGUUCUUAUCGCUCUGGCAGGGAUGAACCAAGCUCUAUAAGCGAACAGAUGCAAAACACACACAUCUCAAGGAACGAGCAACCGCAUUCUAGGUAUAGAGACGCGCAUUCGAACCGUUCGGCGAUACAUGGGGUCGAGAAACGACUUCCUAAUGGCGUUGUUAUCCGUCUCGGGAGCGUUAUACACAUGCGCAUGAGCGAGCUGUUUGGCAGCAACGGAAGGAGGUUGGGGGUAGCUUCGAGCCAAAACUCAGGUUCACGAAUCCCAAUUCCCAAUUCAGAUGAAGAGGUUUUUACUGGAUAUCGCCGCUAUGUAGUAGUAGACAUUAAUUUUCUACACUGUAUUGGAGUACCAAUUACUAGCUACAGUGGCCGAGGAGUGGCAAAGCCAGGCAUCAAUGUCUUCGAUCACGCAAUUAUAGCUGAUGAAAGAAAUGACGCUGUGCUUCUUCAGGGUGAGCCAGAGAUGUCCAAAGAUCCCAUCUUUGUGAGGUGGCUCAGUAAGAGACGGCAUACGUUAACGCCAGAUUCACGAGUCAACUUUGGCGCACCAUAUUCGAUCCAGUAUAACAACACCAGCAUCGAAUUAGUGGGCCAGGUCCGUCACGCGGAUAUAUAUAAGCUCAUACAAUAUUCGCCCAGACUUCCAAAACCAUUUGCCCAGGACCAAUUUGAAUCCCAAGGCCAUGCCUCGCAUUCCUUUGGAAAUCCAGUGACUUCAGCCUUGUCAUACUCAAACAGAGGCGAAUAUUCUCUGACCCAGGCCGAAUUUGAAAGCGAGCCCCAAAGUGGUCGUAUGAAUACACCACGAAACCUGGGCACUGGUGUCGCACCAACGCCUCAAUCCUACGUAUAUGGAGCAGAGGGCUAUUCUGCUCCAAAUGAGGACUCGCAGACUUAUCCUCCCCAGCCCCAUCAAUCAUAUGCAAAUUAUUCGCAGGAGCAAUAUUAUCAGGCUCCGUGGGACGGAUGAUACAGAAAGACCUGAUGGUCUAUCAUGGCGAAAUGCCACCUUUACAUGAAUUACGACAGUACUCACAUUUUUGCCAUAAAUAGGUCGUCUUUACAAGACCUCUCGACUCAACGACCUGAAUACGCUAUUUCAUACGCCGGCUCUUCCUGUUUCCAGGAUUGCCUUCUCUUUCUUUCUUGUUUUCUUCUUUUUCGCUUGAUUUAUUCCUCUCCGCUCCCUUUC